UAUGUGUGUAACGUUGUUGUUGUCUUGUCUAUAGUUGGGACGAAGGAUGGCACCGGCGCAGUGUUCGGACGGCCGGAGGGAGAGGGCGACGACAGGCUCACGCACGCGAUUCUGAGUGAAGCGCAUAUGAUGAAGACGCCUACCGGACCUCCUCACAAUGAUGACUCCAGAAGCAACGAGGACUCGAGCUCGCCGAGAACUCAGUGCCCCUCACCGUUCUCUAAUAAGGACUCGAGUCAAAACAGAAGACUUAAGAAGUAUGAGAACGACGACAUUCCCCAGGAGAAGGUGGCGCGCAUAUACCAGGAGGAACUUGCCAAAAUCAUGACCAGGAGAGUAGAGGACAUCCGUCGUGAAGGCUUCCCUGGCGGCGGCAUGCCACCCCACAUGGAGAGGCCCCCAGAAGACAUCCGCAUGGCUUUGGAAGCAUACCACAGAGAGCUUGCCAAGAUCCAACCUGGCGGUAACAUUCCCAACCUGCACAACUUGCCAGCCAUGCCGCACUUCCCAAACCUGCUUGCGUUGCAGCAACAAGCAAUGCAACAAGCACAGAACCAGCAGAUGAACGGCUCGGGAGCGGUCCAAGAUCUCUCUUUGCCUAAAGAUAAAAACGCCAAAAUGAAUGGAAUGACUGAUAGUGAUAAGGAUAGGUCAAUGGAUGCCGAAGAGGCUAUUAGGCACGCUGGAAGCGCAUUCUCAUUAGUAAGGCCAAAACUAGAGCCGGGACAGCAAUCAACGGGAUCAUCCGCGUCCAGCCCACUGGGCAACGCGAUACUGCCGCCUGCCAUCACUCCGAAUGAGGACUUCAGUAGUUCAGCGGCAGCAAGUCCGCUGCAGAGGAUGGCAUCUAUCACGAACAGUCUCAUAUCCCAACCUUCAAAUCCUCCUCACCAUCCUCCAGUACAAAGGUCGAUGAAAGCAGUUCUUCCACCGAUAACUCAGCAACAAUUUGAUCUCUUUAACAAUUUGAACACAGAAGAUAUUGUACGGAGGGUAAAAGAGGCUCUAAGCCAGUACUCCAUUAGCCAAAGACUGUUCGGAGAGUCCGUCCUAGGACUAUCGCAAGGAUCUGUGAGCGACUUGCUAGCAAGACCAAAGCCCUGGCACAUGCUCACACAGAAGGGACGAGAACCCUUCAUUCGAAUGAAAAUGUUCUUAGAAGAUGACAAUGCUGUCCACAAGUUGGUUGCAUCUCAGUACAAAAUCGCGCCGGAGAAACUAAUGAGGACCGGAAACUAUAGCGGAGCACCUGCAUGUCCGCCGAAUAUGAACAAACCCAUGCCGCCAACACAAAAGAUGAUAUCCGACGCGACCUCCUUGCUGAGCAAGAUGCAGCAGGAGCAGUUGCUGGGCGCCGGCCACCUCGGCCACCUCGGGCAGCCCACGCCGCUGCUGCUGACGCCGCCCGGCUUCCCGCCGCACCACGCCGUCACGCUGCCGCCGCAGCACCACGACAACAACAACAAGGAGAGGAAGCCCCCGCCACCACCACAGCCCCACCACCAGCCGCCAGUCAUGCGCAACCUGCACCAACAUAUAUCGCCCAGCGUGUAUGAAAUGGCCGCACUUACCCAAGACUUAGACACACAAACAAUAACAACCAAAAUUAAAGAAGCAUUACUAGCAAACAAUAUUGGCCAGAAAAUCUUUGGUGAAGCUGUUUUAGGUCUAUCACAGGGAUCCGUUAGUGAAUUACUAUCAAAACCGAAACCCUGGCAUAUGCUUAGCAUCAAAGGCAGGGAGCCAUUCAUUCGCAUGCAGCUGUGGCUUAGCGAUGCACACAACAUUGACCGCUUGCAAGCUUUGAAGAACGAACGACGAGAAGCAAGCAAGCGGCGGCGGUCCAGUGGCCCUGGACAAGACAACUCAUCCGACACAUCGUCGAAUGAUACGUCAGAGUUCUACCACUCCAGCUCACCGGGCCCGAACACGGGAGCGCCGUGUGCCAAGAAACAACGAGUACUGUUCUCUGAAGAGCAAAAAGAGGCACUCCGAUUAGCGUUCGCUCUCGACCCCUACCCCAACAUGCCAACGAUCGAAUUCCUGGCCGCAGAGUUAGGUCUGUCGUCGCGAACCAUCACCAACUGGUUCCACAAUCACCGAAUGCGACUAAAACAACAAGCGCCACAUGGCUUGCCAGCAGAACCGCCCGCGCGGGAUCAGUCCGCUGCGCCUUUCGACCCAGUCCAGUUCCGUCUCCUCCUCAACCAGAGACUACUGGAACUGCAAAAGGAAAGGAUGGGUCUGGCUGGAGUACCUCUACCGUACCCACCCUACUUCGCAGCUAACUCUAACCUAGCAGCACUGAUCGGUCGAGGGUUAAUACCACCCGAAGACCAGGUCAAGGACCAAUCUGGUGGCCUCGAUCUAUCGAUGCCACUGAAGCGAGAACCCGACGGUGAUGACUUCGAGGACGAUGACGUCGAGAGCAACCUCGGCUCCGAGGACUCGUUGGACGAGGAAUCUAAGACUGAGCCGAAGGCGGCGUCUACACCCGCGGGUCGAUCGAGCAGACGGAAGCCUGCCGCGCCGCAGUGGGUCAACCCCGACUGGCAGGACGAGAAGCCACGCAACCCUGAUGAAGUGAUAAUCAACGGAGUGUGCGUGAUGCGGAGCGACGACUUCCGGAGAGAGGCGGAGGAGACCGUGCGCGUGGAGCCGUCGCCCGUGGCGCGCGAGACGUCGCCCGCGGGCACGCCCGGCGUGUCGCCCGCGCCCGCCACGCCGCGCACGCCGCGCACGCCGCACACGCCGCGCCCGUCGCACACGCCUGAUGACGUCAUCCCCGAGGACAAGAUUAAGGCCGAGACCGACGACGGCUGGGAGUACUAGGCUGCGCUCGCUCCCUCUGGUGAAACGGGUCCCGAACUGUGACGUGCAGACUGUACCAUAUCACGUUCGAACAAUUAUUUAUUGAGUGCCGCGCAGUGGUCCGUCGGCCCGGUGGCGACGUGCAGUGCGAGUGUUACUGUGUAGCUAGAGUUCGUUGUAUUUCGAUGUAAGGCCAAAGACUUUGUACAUACUACCCGUGUAGCUUCUCGUGAUACGCCAGUACGUAAACUUGCGAUACAAAAAUAUGCAUUUUGCUUUAAUUUUUUAAUGUAAACACGUACCCUGAUUAGGUACAAAUAUCUGAGUAUUUUUAAGUUACGGCUUUUUGAUUCGAUUGUAAAUAAAUAUACCAAAUAUGUGUCGAAUAUUGCCUGUGAACCAGACCCUGUAUAUAAGUAGGUUAGACUAUUCGUGUAAGAUAACUCUGUCGCUGAUACAGUUAGGGGUAGGGAAAGGUUCAUUUAAUUGUUAAUGAAAAUUAUAAAGUGCAAUCAGAUGUAAAUUUAAGCUAUGGUUUAACGAGCCCCAGUUGAAAAGUAUUAUUAUGUUUAUUAGAACCGGAGAGGUUUAAAAUAUUAUAAUCGGGUUAUAUAAGUUAACAUUUAAAUUAUUAAUGUUUAUUUUAUACUAUUGUAUGUUUUCUAUUGCAUUAUUUUAUACAGCCGCGGGACCGCUCAACUUUGUGAUUUUAGCUGUCAUUUUAUAACGUUUAGUUGUCAUACACACUCAGCUCUAAUUCCAUACAAUAGCUCUAUUGUUUGUUUCUUUUCAUUUUUAUAUAUUUUUUAGAAAAUGUACAAAUCAAGACACAAAAUGAUACGAUUAAGCAAGUAAUGUAUUGCUUAUGGUUUAUAGUUUUAUUUUAUUUUAGCAAUAAAAUUUGCUUUUAAUCUUA